UGAUCUCAAUUGGUGAGGGUGUUCAUUUGGGUGACUUUAGCAGGAUAAUUGCUGGCUUUUAUUCUAUAAACGGGUUCAAAAGUGGGAAAGUGGAAGUCCAGGAUAAUGCAGUAGUCGGGAGUCAAAGCAUUCUGCUUCCUGGUUCAGUUGUUCAAAACAACGUCAUUCUUGGUGCUCUUUCAGUGGCUCCAGUUGAUUCUGUUCUCAAAAGAGGUGGUGUUUAUAUCGGUUCUGAAAGUCCUAUCAUGAUAAAGAACAUGAUGCAUGCUCUAGACGAACGAAUAGAAGAAAUGGAUGUGAAAUACAAGAAGAUUGUUGGGAACUUAUCCGCUAAUCUUGCUGCUACUACUCUUAAAGUUAAGUCAAGAUACUUCCAUCGAAUUGGAGUCAGUGGGAAGGGAGUUCUAAAGAUCUAUGACAACAUCGAAGGGUUUCCAAAUCACAAGAUCUUCUACCCAGGGAAGAGUUACCCAAUCAUUAUCAGACACAGUAACAGCUUAAGUGCAGAUGAUGAUGCAAGACUAGAUGCACGUGGUGCAGCCGUGAGAAUACUUUCAAAUGAAACAGAAACCCCACUUCUUGACCUGACUUUGAAAACGGGAAAUGCAUUCUACGCGAGAACAAUCUCUGACUUUGCCACAUGGCUUGUUUGCGGGUUGCCAGCAAGGGAACAGCACGUGAAGCGUGUCCCUCAUGUGCGUGAUGCUGUAUGGACUUCACUUCGCAACACAGAUUCAUUCACAAACCUGCAUUACUUCUCAAACAUAUGCAGACUUUUCCGGUUUGAAGAUGGAACAGAAAUGUAUGUUAAGUUCAAAUUAAGGCCUUUUGAUGAAACCAUCCCUGAAGAAUCCGGUAAGGUGGAGCCCAUUGGAAUUCUCCCUCCAGAAACUGGUGCAAUUCCAAGAGACAUUAAUGACAAACGUCCGCUACUGUUCCUUGCUGAUGAUUUUAAAACAAGAGUGAGUCAACCAGGUGGUGUUAGGUAUGUUUUCCAGUUACAAAUCCGGCCCGUUCCACAAGAUGAAGUGACCCGAGACAUUGCACUUGACUGCACCACCCCGUGGGAUAACACUGAAUUCCCAUAUAUCGAUGUGGGAGAGGUAACAAUAGACCAGAAUAACACUCAAAGCCAAUCAGAAGAAUUAGAGUUUAAUCCUUUCCUGAGAUCCAAUGAAGUGGAUGUAAUUCGGGCGACAUCUGCCUCACAAAGUGCUUCUAUUGACCAUGGUCGUUCAUUGGUCUACGAGAUUUGUCAGCAUUUGAGAAACGGGCAACCACUUCCUGAAGCCUGGAGGAGUUUCAUUGAGCAAUCUGAUGUCAAAGUAGACCUUUCAGGUUGUCCAAUGGCAGCCACUAUAGCAACCGAAAACAAGAAUGCAACAGAAGUGACUCUCACGAGAACCUGGCAAAAAACUUUAUGGACACUAUUUGGCCAACCUUUGUUACAGACAUUCUUGCCUUACUACCUAAUGGCACUACUGAUCUCGGGUCCACUAAACGUAAUAUUUUACGUGAAAGAAACAAGUGGCUACCCCAUUCAGUGGCUGCUACCCGUGUUUUGGGUGUGUUCAGGCAUUUGGGCUGGGCUGGCAUGUGUAAUAGCCAAAUGGUUACUAGUUGGAAAGAAAAAAGAUGGUGGCAGUGUGCUGAUAUGGGGCAAAGAAGUGUUUAUGGACACGAUAUGGCAAGCGUUUAGGACGUUGGUAGGGGAGUAUUUCAUGGAAAUGGUGAGCGGGUCGUUUUUGUUUACAAUGUGGAUGAAAAUGAUGGGAUCAGAGAUUGAUAUGAAUCAAGGAGUUUACGUGGACAGCAUGGGGGCCGUGUUGAACCCCGAGAUGGUGGAGAUAGAAGGCGGUGGAUGUGUUGGUCGAGAAUCGUUGCUGUUCGGGCAUAUAUAUGAAGGAGAUGGUGGGAAGGUGAAGUUUGGGAAGAUUAAGAUUGGAGAAGAUGGAUUUGUAGGGAGUAGAAGUGUUGUGAUGCCUGGAGUGAAGGUUGAAAAUGGAGGUAGUCUCAGUGCACUUUCACUUGCAUUCAAAGGGGAAAUUAUCAAGUCAAAAUAAUUUUAUGUUGUUCAAUGUGUAUUGUGUAGUGAUGUAUUACAUUUACAGAUUUACUUCCUCUAUAUUUAAUGUUGUACUGCUAAAUAAAACAUUGCAUACUUUUAUAAAGGUAAGAGAAAGCAUAUUAAUUGG